AAAAAGACACUUUCCAUUUCCUCUGGAAUAUCAACUCAGGAUACAUUUUGAAAAGCUCUGUAGAUGGUAAAUUAUAAACAGCAUAUUCUUGGCCAACUCAAAAUGGACCCAGAACUGUGUGCGCACUGAAAACGAACAGAGUUCAGCUUGAAACGGCUUCGUGUUUUCUUGUAACAUCGACGGCCCGAUAACUGGCUAUAAAUGGCAACUGACACGUGCUCAAAGGUGAUACCGGCACAUUUUUACAACCCUCAGGCAAAUUUCCCACACUGCUACAAUUUAAAUGCCUUGCGCAGUCAGCGGAGACACAUUUAGCGGCGAUAACAUCGAGUGCGCGUUGGCUUCAAGGCUGAUUAAAAGCAGAGACAUAAUCCAACGUCACGUUGAUUCCGGGAGCUGGCGCGGGCCCGGUCCUUCGCGCUAACGCGGCCCAUCGGACCACGCGAGCUUCCCGGUCUUGCAUGUUUUACAUGCUGCACCCGUAACGGGACACCUCACGCUAGGCUGGACUGAUGCGGCGUUAGUUACCCUGUUUGGGAUUCUAUCUGAGAACAAGCCACAGGAGAGACGCAUCAAAAGCUGCCGAGUUUGACUUCAUUUGAUCCGUCUCGGCGUCCUUCGCUUCGACGCGGCUUUGAAGAAAUGCGAUCUGAAAAAGGACCUGGACUAAUGACUCGCGGCCGGCUGAAUGUUUGGCUUCAAAGGAAGGAAGCGGUAAAUGUUGCCGAUGCCUCGGGUAUAAAAAGCAGACGGCGUAGAACUUGCGGCCGACGCGUUAAGAUCCGUCACGAAUGUUUUUGCGGUGGAGCGUCAGAGAGGACAAAGGCUCGACGAUGUCGGUGAAGAGUCAACAGACACCAAGGCAGUAACGGCGAAGCGGAAGUUCAACAACGACUGAUCGCGAAGAAUUGACGACAAAAGUUUGAUGACCAAUGGAGGUUUAACAACCCCAAAAAAAUCGACACAGACGCAAGUAAAAAGUAUUGACACAGACAAGGCGAAGACGGUAUUGUGCUAGCAAAUGACCGACUGAAGACGACAACAGCAAAGACGACGAGACCUCAUCAAGAAAAACACUUACGUAGGGUCUGUGACGACGACGCUACAGAAGGAAGGGGAAACUGUGAAGGUUUGGCGUCGUUACGUGACAAAAAGUAGACGGCAAGGUUGGUCAGAAAUCUGUUUUUGCCGUAACCACCGAUCGGUUGUGCGCGAUGGCGUUACAGGACGUGUGUAAUUCCCUGGCCUCCACUCUGCCUACGGGCCCAUUGGACUUUUCCAUUCCUGCGGUGGAGUGUCUGAAAGAAAAUCCCCGACAAUCCGGCACCGUGAGGAGUCCUCCACCCUUCGCCGCGUCUCACGGCACCACCACCCUGGCGUUCACCUUCCAGGGGGGCGUCUUGGCCGCCGGGGACACGCGCUCCAGCUGCAACGGGCUGGUCGCCAACCCCGAGUCCGAGAAGGUGGCGCCCAUCCACAGUCACCUGGUGGGCACCGGCUCGGGCUCGUCGGCCGACUGCGCCCUCUGGAAGCGGAUCCUGACGCGGGAGCUGCGGCUCCACCGCCUGCGACACGGCCGCCGGGUGUCCACGGGCGGCGCCGCCAAGCUGCUGUGGCGCAUGCUGAUGCCGUUCAAGGGCACCGACGUGUGCGUGGCCACCACCUUGUGCGGGUGGGACGAGGGCGGGCCCGGCCUCUUCUACGUGUGCAGCGACGGCGUUCGGCUCCGGGGAACGCUCUUCUCGGUGGGCUCGGGGUCGCCUUACGCCUACUCGCUUUUGGAUCAGGAGGUGGAGUGGGGGAUGUCGACGGAGGACGCCGUGAGGGUGGCGAGGGAGGCGGUGUACAGAGCGGCGCACCGGGACGCCUACUCGGGCAACUGCGUGGACAUCUACCUCGUCACCUCCGCCGGGUGGACUCGCAGGGAGCGCGAGGACUUGAAGGAGGAAUAUUACAGGGAGCGCAUGAGGGUGCUGAUCCCGUCUAAGGCGGAACGUUCGCAAUUUUGAAAAUGAUACGUCGCUAAAACCCGACACUUGAGGGCGGGGAGUGGUGGGUGCUCAAGUCCUGUACGGCCUUUGCAUGUUCCACCCGCGCCCGGAUGGG